AUGAAGGAAGAAUUAGAAAAAUUAAAAAGUGGAGAAAAAAAAAUAAUAUUUUUUAAUAAAAAGGAGGAAGAAGAAAAUGAAGAAAAAAUGCCUAAAAAUGAAGAAAAACAUGUUGAAGUUGAGGAGGGGGAAGGAAAUGCGCAUUUGGGGACAUUUGCGAUUUUAGAAGCAAUCUACAAAGGAAGAAAUGGAUUUGGUGAAGGAGAACAAGUACAUCUUGACUGGUCAAAUAUAUUAAAAAUUCAUACUGAUUUAGAGAAAAAACGUCUUAAAUUAAUAAAAAAGACAGAAAAACGUAUUUUUGAUAAAAUAUGUAAACAUUUAUGGAAAAUAAUUAAAAGUAUUGAAAGAAAAAUUUGGUUGGAAAAUUUGUGGUUUGUGAGGUUAUUUACUAAAAAUUUAAUUAAAAAAACUAAAAAUGAGGAUCUGAUUGAUGAGAAAAAUAAAACAAAAAAAGAAGAAUUUGAAGGAAUUGAACAAAUUUUGGAUGAAAAUUUUGAGAAAUUAAAGUCUUUGGAAAAGCUGGGAAAAACUUCAAUUGAACAAAAAAUUUCAAUAGAAAUUUCUGAAAAAUCAAAAAAGCUAGAAGAUAAUUUAAUAGAAGAGUUGGAUAAAUUGCCUGAUAUAAAAUUGAAGGAAAAACGAAUUGAAGAAUUUAAAAGUAUAAAUUGUUUUUAGAAAAUAAGAUGAUUGGGGGCUUCUAAACAAAAUUAUGAUCAGUUAAAAAUGUGUAGGGUUGGAAUAACCAAUUAUAACCUUUUCCGUUAUCUGUGUGUCUUACAAGUCCCGGGUCUGGUUCAGGGCUGUGCGCCAUGGCGUUUGGCGUUGGCGUCCAUUUUUGGCCGUUUUUGGCGUUCUGGCGUUUGGCGUGUUU